CACCGCUGCCACCCAGCCACUUCCGCCCCUCAGAAGCAUGGCGGCCGCGUGACGCACCCCGCCCCGAGUUGGACGUAGGGGCCCUCCCUGGACAGGUAGCGACCGCGAUUGGUCGGGGCUGGCUGACGUCAGGGGGCGGUGCCCAGGGAUGAAUGGGGCCAGCAUGCCGCCACCCGGUCGCUUGCGCGCUGGUGUUUUGUUGAGCAGGGUCAUGAGCCGGUGCGCUUUGGAACCCCGGCCGCCGGGGAAGCGGUGGCUGGUGGCCGGUCUGGGGAACCCUGGACUGCCCGGCACGCGACACAGCGUGGGUAUGGCGGUGCUGGGGCAGCUGGCGCAGCGGCUUGGUGUGGCAGAGACCUGGGCGCGCGAUCGGCGCUGCGCCGCCGACGUCGCCCUUGCCUCGCUCGGGGAUGCCCAGCUGGUCCUGCUCCGGCCACGGCGGCUCAUGAACGCCAACGGGCGCAGCGUGGCCCGGGCCGUGGAGCUCUUCGGGCUGACUGCUGAGGAGGUCUACCUGGUGCAUGAUGAGCUGGACAAGCCCCUGGGGAAACUGGCUCUGAAGCUGGGGGGAAGCGCCAGGGGCCACAAUGGAGUCCGUUCCUGCAUUAGCUGCCUCAACUCCAACGCAAUGCCGCGGCUGCGAGUGGGCAUCGGGCGCCCGACCCACGCUGAUGCAGUGCAGGCCUACGUGCUCGGCUGCUUCUCCCCUGCUGAGCAGGAGCUGCUGCCUCCAUUGCUGGAGCGCGCCACUGACCUGCUCCUGGACCAUAUCCGUAAGCGGAGUGGGGGGCCCUUGUUGGGCCCCUGAUACCAGUGGACACGGCUGCCUGCCUGACUGCCGUGCCCACAACACACCCAGCCACGUCCACAGAGAUUCCAUGCCAACCUGUGAUAGCCACUUUUAUAUAACUCUUCUCUGAGCUGAUCCAGGUGGCCCACAGAUUAAAGGGGGGACUGUGGCCGGACUGGUCCAUUUCUGGGAUAGAGGGUUGGUCUUCUCUCUGUAUCUUACUUGGAAAGUAGGAAAACUUCAGAAAAGACUAAACUGUUUGAACUUUUUUGGAGAACCAGAGGUGUGGAUCUGUAAAGUUAAAGGUGCAGCUUGGAAGGUGAGGCCUCUGCAGGGGGUUCCCACCCUCUCCCUGCCUGUGGAGGAGGGGCCAACAGGCUUAAGCAAGCCCCCCUCCCCAGGAACGUGCAGGCCUGUCUUAGCCCACUGAGGCCUUGCCCCACCUUUUUUAGGCCCAUUUUACAGAUGGGGAAAUGGAGGCUUAGAGAGAUCCAGCCACAUCCCUGAAGCCAUAUAGCUGCAGCAUGCCAGAGCCUUGAUCUGUACCCAGGGCUGGCUGCCACCUUGCUGUCCCCUGGGGCCCCUGGCCCACUCACCUCAGAGCUGCUGUGUGCCUGGAAGUUUCGCACACGGUUGGUGUGUGAGAGCAGCCUGAGGUCCUCAGGGUUGGGUGGGAUGUGGUCCUGUCGAGGCACCAGGCCCAGGUCUCCCAGCCGAUAGGGUGCGAUGCUGGACAGCUGCUGCAGCACAGACUCCCCCUUAGGUGGCUGGGUGCUGGACAGACUGUGGGGAGGAUGCUGAUGAAAUCACCUCCAUUUCAUGGAUAGGAGACUAGGGCUUAGGGGUGGUCUUUGGGGAGCCAGAUUUCUGGCCCAGAGUCAGCUGAGUACAGCCCUUGGACAAGUUCCAUGGCUGCCUCUUCUGAGGUCACAGGCUCACUUACCUCUUCUUGAGCGUGCCAUUGGGCUGGUUCACCCGACGGGGACACACAGACACCUGGGGACUUCGGACUACGGCUGAGCUGAGCAUGGUCAGCAGCUGCUGCAGCAUCUCCUUGUGCUGCAGCUGGAACGCUACAUCAAAG